CCCGCAUGUGCCUUGCAGCACUCAGCCGCCGCAUCUUCAAAAGUUCAACCCGCGUCAGGCAUCUCCACAUUUCACGACGACACGGAAUUCACGAGUCGCGUACACGGUUGUAACAAACCCAUCCCUUGCACACAGAUAAUUACGGUUUUCGAUAUUUACACUUUUUCGAUACGUCAACAUGUUCCGUUCAGCAAGUGGUCCCGCUGGGCUUAGUAUCAACACCGGCACUGCCAAUUUGUUUGGAAGCACGCCCGCACAGUCCACCGGCACCGGCUUUGGCACGGCAACCGCACAGCAACCGCAAAACACGGGAUCCUUGUUUGGAGCACCGACUCCAGCCAGUGGAGGUUUGUUUGGAGGAGGAGGAACAACUUCGCAACAACAACAGCAGCAGCAGCAGCAGCCAGGUCAACAACAACAGCAACAAACACCGAGCCUCUUUGGCCAACCCGCCCAACAACCACAACAGCAGCAGUCGACCGGAGGAAUAUUCGGACAACCACAACAGCAGCAACAGACAGGAGGAGGAAUCUUUGGCCAGCCUGCUCAGCAACAGCAGACAAGUGGGGGAAUCUUUGGUCAGCCGGCGCAACAACAGCAACAACAACAACCACAGCAGCAACAGAUGUCGCUCUUCGGAGGAGGAACCACGACGACCCCCGCCGCGACGGGCGGCGGCCUUUUCGGCGGCGGCGCGACGACACAACAACCGGCGCAGUCGACCGGCACUUCGCUCUUCGGCGGAGGUGCCGCGCAACCAGCCCAGCAGACGGGCACCACCUCGCUCUUUGGCACUGCCCAGCCAGCUCAACAAACCACCGGCACCACCAGCCUGUUCGGCCAGCCGCAGCAGCAACAGCAACAGCAGCAGCCGCAGCAGCAGCAGACUUCUCUCUUCGGCGGCACCGGCGGCACCUCCCUCUUUGGCCCCAAGCCAGCCACCACAACCGGCACCACCAGCCUUUUCGGCACCGCCCAACCAUCCACCACCACCACCCAGCCCGCUUCGACCGGUCUUUCCCUGUCCAUGGGCCAAUCCCAAAACACCACCGCCGCCCAAAACGCCGCAGCAGGCAGCAAAGUCGACCUCCCCUCUCUCCGCUCCACCACGCGCUUCUCCGACCUGACCGACUCCCUGCAAUCCCAACUGACACAAAUCGACGAGUCCAUCCAGAAAUGCAUCUCGGACUGCUCCGCCAUCAACGCCUUCUUGCCGGGGCACGAGCAACAACUCUCGUCCAUCCCCCUGGACGUCUCCUUCGUCUCCCGCAAGUCCGAAGGCGCAGCCGGCGCUCUGAACAGCGACGUCCUAGCCAUUGCCUCGCUCAAGGAAACGGUCAAGAAAGACGCUGCCAACGCGCGGCUCAGUUUCAAGAGCAUUGAUCAGCUGCGGUUGCCGGGGGGGUAUUGGCAGGCUGGGUUGUGGUCGUCUGCUUCCCGCUCCGGCGGACAAGCUGGAGAGGGUAACGGGGCUGCGAAGACGAGUGCUUCCAAGUCCGGAAGCGGUGCAAGCAAGACGGGCCAGCAGGAGGAAGAAGAGGCCGAUGCGGAAAGUAAUCAGGACCUGAUUGGGUACUUCAGCAAGACGGCGGACGAGAUGGACGAGAUGAUGAGGCGGUUUGAGCGCAACUUGGGCGAGAUCGAGGUGCAUUUGCAUGGCGUGCAGGGGAACGUGUUGGAGCAGUUGCAGAGGGCUGCGGGGCAGAAGCAGCUGGAGCAACCCAGUGUCAAUGGGGAGGGUCAGGUUGAUCAGAGGGUGGUGGAGUUGGCGGGGGUGUUGAGGGACUUUGAGGAGAGUAUUCUCAAGGUGGCGGGCGUGGUGGGAGGGGUUAAGGAGGGUAUUACCGAGUUGCAGUUGAGGGACUUUAUGGGUCAUGGUUCUUAGAUGGAUGGAUGACCUGGGAGAUGUGGUGGUGAUGGAUUCUCUGGAAGAAUUGUGUGUUUGGUUUGUGUACAAAAAAGUUAAAGUACUUGAUCAGUCUGCUUGGGGAGAACGCGGUGUCGAUACCCCAAGGCAUCAUCGUAUGGAUUGCUGGCAGCUGGAGAUAGAAUAGUCUUUUGCACGUUUAUAGCGCUUUCACCAAUUGUUUGAU